AUGGCGAAUGACGAGGUUGUUCUUCUGGACACAUACGUAAGUAUGUUUGGAAUGAGGGUUAGAAUUGCCCUAGCGGAGAAGGGUAUUCCAUAUGAAUACAGGGAGGAGAACUUGCGGAACAAGAGUCCACUUCUACUUGAGAUGAACCCAGUUUACAAGAAAAUUCCUGUUUUGAUUCACAAUGGAAAACCCAUUUGUGAAUCGCUCAUAAUUGUGCAGUACAUAGAUGAGAUCUGGAAGGAUAGGCCAUUGUUGCCUUCUGAUUAUUACCAGAGAGCUCAAGCUUUAUUCUGGGCUUAUUAUGUUGACAAGAUAUUUUGGGCUGGAAGAAAACUAUGGACAACGACAGGAGAAGAGAAAGAAUCGGGCAAGAAAGAGUUAAUAGAGUGCCUCGAGGCGUUGGAAGGAGAAUUGGGAAACAAACCCUACUUUGGUGGUGAAAUCUUUGGGUUUGUAGAUGUGGCUUUCAUCCCUUACUACUGCUGGUUUUAUGCCUAUGAGAUUUGUGGCAAUUUCAGCAUUGAGGAAUACUGUCCUAAGCUGAUUGCAUGGGGCAAGAGGUGCAUGGAAAUAGAGAGUGUUUCCAAAUCCCUGGCUGAUCCUCGCAAGAUCUAUGCAUUUAUUCAGUUAAUGAAGAAGAGAAGACUUGCAAAACUGGACCUAAUUAGUGAGCUCGGCCACUGGAAGAAGGCGGAGUCUGACCACUUCAAUGGUCAAGUGUGUACUAUAGAGCUAUGCUGGAGUUCUUCAGAUUCAAAUCCUUGCAAUUGGACGGGUAUAGGGUGUUUAGCUGAUUUUAAGGUGACUUCGAUUCGUCUAAGUGGCCUCAGUUUGUCUGGUUCUUUAUCUUCAAUCAUUUGUAAACUCCCUUACUUAGUCAAGGUGAAUAUAUCGAAAAACUUCAUUUCCGGUCCAAUUCCUGAUGAUUUUAAUUGUUUUCGUAAUCUAGAAACUUUAGACCUUUGCACAAAUAGAUUCCACGGAGAAUUUCCUACCCAAAUCUGCAAUAUUACUUCCCUCAGAAAGAUUUAUCUGUGUGAGAACUAUUUAUUUGGAGAAAUCCCUGUGGAAAUUGGCAAUCUAACUCUACUUGAGGAGCUUGUCAUUUAUAGCAACAAUCUAACCGGAAUAAUUCCUUCUUCCAUUGGGAAACUGAAAACUCUUAGGAUUAUCAGGGCAGGUCGAAAUUAUUUAUCCGGUCAGAUUCCUGCUGAAAUCAGUGAAUGUGAGAAUUUGGAAGUUCUGGGUUUGGCAGAAAAUUGGCUUGAGGGUCUUUUUCCUAUUGAGCUGCAAAAACUUAAGAGUCUCACCAGCUUGAUUCUUUGGAAAAAUCUGUUUACGGGUGAAAUUCCUCCUCAAAUAGGUAAUUUCACUAGCUUGGAAUUACUUGCAGUGCAUGCAAAUUCAUUCACGGGAACCAUUCCCAAAGAAAUUGGGAAGUUGUCUCAGCUGAAAAGAUUGUACAUUUACACAAAUCAAUUGAAUGGAACAAUCCCACCAGAACUCGGUAAUUGUUCAAAUGCUGUCGAGAUUGAUCUUUCUGAAAAUCAAUUGACAGGAGUUAUUCCAAACGACUUGGGUCGAAUUUCUAAUCUUCGUUUGCUUCAUCUUUUCGAGAACCUCCUCCAUGGAAAUAUCCCCAAGGAGCUUGGAAAGUUGAAGCAACUUAAAAAUCUAGAUUUGUCCAUAAAUUAUUUGACAGGCUCAAUUCCAAUUGAGUUUCAAAAUCUCAGGUUCCUGGAGAGUUUUCAACUUUUCGACAAUAUGUUUGAAGGUGUCAUCCCUCCAUUUAUUGGGGCUAAUAGCAACCUCAUUGUCCUCGACAUGUCCAUGAAUAAUCUUGUGGGCAGGAUACCUAAAAAGUUAUGCAGCUUUCAGAAAUUGAUUUUUCUUAGCCUGGGAUCAAACAAGUUGUCCGGGAACAUUCCUCGUGGCUUAAAAACUUGCAAAUCUCUCGAGCAUCUAAUGCUGGGAGAUAAUUUUUUUACAGGAAGUCUCUCUAUUGAAUUCGCAAAACUUCAGAACCUUUCAGCACUUGAGCUCUAUCAAAACCGAUUCUCAGGAUUGAUACCUUCAGAAGUGGGAAAUUUUACGACCUUAGAGAGGCUGCUUUUGUGGAAUAACAAUUUCAUCGGCCAAAUCCCUCCCGAGAUGGGGAAACUUGUAAAGCUCGCUGCAUUCAAUGUAUCAUCCAACAGGCUCUUUGGAAGCAUUCCUCAGGAAUUGGGAAAUUGUAUAAAGCUCCAGAGGCUUGAUCUUAGCAGGAACUGGUUUAAUGGCUCUAUUCCGGUAAAGCUUGGCAUGCUGGUGAAUCUGGAAUUGCUGAAACUAUCAGAUAACACGUUCACGGGAUCAAUACCGAGAACUUUAGGGGGACUAGCUAGAUUGACAGAAUUGCAAAUGGGUGGAAAUUUCUUCUCGGGGAACAUUCCAGUCGAACUGGGUCGAUUAACUUCUCUUCAGAUUGCUCUCAAUAUCAGUCAUAACAAUCUCAGUGGAUCGAUCCCGGGCAAUUUAGGUAAUCUGCAGAUGCUAGAAUCACUUUACUUGAAUGACAACCAGCUUGUCGGUGAAAUUCCUGUUUCAAUAGGAGCAUUAAUGAGCCUAAAUGUAUGCAAUCUUUCUAAUAAUAAUCUGGUGGGAACAGUGCCAAACACCCCGGUUUUCCAGAGGAUGGAUUCCAGCAAUUUUGCCGGGAACAAUGGAUUGUGCAUUUUAGGUUCAAAUCAUUGCCAUUCAUUUCCAGCCCCUACGUCUGCUCCAAAUCCUAGUUGGUUGACGAAAGGGUCUUCCAAAGAAAAAAUAGUCUGCAUUGUUUCCCUUACUAUCGGCCUGAUCUCUUUAACUUUUAUUGUGUGUGUUUGUUGGGCUAUAAGGCACCGUAAACCUUCUUUCGUUUCACUUGAAGAUCAACCGAAACCUGAUGUAUUGGAUGGCUAUUACUUUCCUAAAGAAGAUUUCACGUAUAUGGACCUUGUUGAAGCCACUGGGAAUUUUUCAGACAGUGCUGUCGUAGGACGGGGAGCCUGUGGAACUGUCUACAAGGCUGUAAUGACCAAUGGUGAAUUGAUUGACUUCCCCUUCUCAAUAUCAAUGUCUGCUGUUGCUGGUUCAUAUGGCUACAUUGCCCCUGAGUAUGCUUACACGAUGAAAGUGACAGAGAAAUGUGAUGUCUAUAGUUUCGGGGUAGUUUUGUUAGAACUGAUUACUGGAAGGUCGCCUGUCCAACCUCUUGAUCAUGGAGGCGACCUAGUAACCUGGACGAGAAGUUCAAUUUCUAAAUUAGUAAAAUCUGACAUAUAUGAUCAACGGAUUGAUCUUAAAGAGGAAAGGACAAUCAGAGAAAUGUCUUUAGUACUCAAAAUCGCAUUGUUCUGCACCAACACAUCCCCACUCAACAGGCCUACCAUGCGCGAAGUUAUUGCAAUGCUGAUUGAUGCCAGAGAGUCAGCGAGUGAUUCAUUGUCGUCUCCAACAUCAGAAACUCCCUUAGAGGAAGAUGAUUUCUGUAAAGGUUUUAUGCAGCUGUAG